UUUUGGGGCUACGACGCACGUACGAUGGCGCGCGGACGAGGACAAGGCGGUAUCACGCCGCCGCAGCGGAGCAGUGUCCUGCUGCUACUCGCUACACUGGCGCUAGGUCAGGACGAUCUGUCCAAAUGGAUCGACCCGGACACUCCCCUGGAAGACCACCACUUUGACGUCCCGGAUGGUCCGUAUCGAAUGGGGUUGACGUCACCAGCCAACAACUCGUACCAUUUGAUCUUCUCGGACGAAUUCAACACGACCAAGCGUCUGUUCGAGGCCGGGAACGACCCCAAGUGGACCGCGCUCGAGAACUUGGAUCUGACGAACAUGGGACAGCACUACUUUUCUCCCCAGGCGGUGCAGACCGACGGCGGCAACUUGAUCAUCACCACGUCCAAGCCGAAAAAGGAAUACAAAGGCGCAAAGUACGUCAGUGGGAGUGUGCAGACGUGGAACAAGUUUUGCUUCACCGGUGGGUUUGUGAUCAUGCGCGCAAUCUUACCGGGAAAGUGGGGAAUUCCCGGCACGUGGCCCGCGUUCUGGUUGAUGGGCAACAUCGGCCGCGCAACGUACCUCGGGUCGCAGGACGGUAUGUGGCCGUGGUCGAUGGACACGUGUGCGCCGUGGGUGAACGACUACUUGGACCAGCCGCAGAAGGUCAAUGCAUGCGGGAACCUCACGGACGAAGACGACCCGACGUCGCUGCCGGAGCGAUUCGGGUUGCAUCCGCGGCAAGGGCGCGGCGCGACGGAAAUCGACGUGUUUGAAGUGCAGAUCAAGAAGAAGGACGACCCCGCGUUCAUCUCGACGUCGCUGCAGAUCGCGCCCAGUCUGCACGACAACAUGCGACCGGACGCGAGCACGCUUCCCCGCCCUGGCAUGUGGUACACCAACUUGACGUAUGGCAACUACACCAAGAUCAACAGCGACUAUUACGGCGACGCCAACCUCGAUUCGAUCUCUGCACUGACGCAGUUGGACUCGAACUCGUUCAAGAACUACCACUUGUACGCUCUCGAGUGGCUUCCCGGGAACGAAGGGUACAUUCGAUGGUGGCUCGAUGGCAACUUUCUGUACGAGAUCCAGGGCGCGGCGCUCAACAAGUGGGUCGAUGGCAUCCCCCCCCGCAAGAUCCCCGUCGAGCCGAGCUACCUCAUCAUCUCCACCGCCGUCUCGGAGAAGUUUUCACCGCCUUGCGAUGGCCAAAUGUGCGACUCUCUAUGGCCAGCCAACUUUACCAUCGACUACGUUCGCGUCUACCAAGGUCCGUCCAACAACUACACGAGCAUCGGGUGCGAUCCGCCUGCGUUUCCCACUAAGGAGUGGAUCUACCAGCACCCUGUCGCAUACGGAUUGCCCUACUACACGCCGCUGCCAGUGGCCAAGUACGUGUUGAACGUUGUCGCAGUUGUGGGCGUCGUGUUCUCUGCCGUCAUGGCCGGGUUUGGGACGAGGAACCACCACUUGGCCGCGUGCGUAGGUAGUACCCUUGCCGCGACCUGUGUGUUUCACACGCUAUUCAACGUCGGGUUUACCACGUGGACGAUAUUCCCCAUGGCUGUGGGGUCGCUAUGCGGCGCCGUGUUUGGCCUGCUCAGCUGCUUAUUGCCUGUGCAUAGCUUGGCGGGUACAACUGCGCUGCUGCUGAUGCUGGUAUUGCAUCCGUUCGUGGAUUUGCUACUCCAUCAAGUGCUCACUUUAGCCGCGACGGUGGCUGCGUUCAUGGCGCUGUUCGUGUUGCCAGUGGUGUAUCACGACAAGGUCACGGCAGUCGCAACGUCCAUAUUGGGGGCCUGGGGCGUCGUAGCCAGCGGGUCUCGGUUCAUCCAUGAUGGGCAGUUUCUACUCGGGUUAUGGCACACGCUAUCAUUGCUCGUGUCGGGGCCGUCGACGCCGCCGGCGUUGCUGUGCAACUUGUACUGUGGCGAAUUGUAUUCGACGUGGGGCGUGCUCGCGGCGCUGGCCAUGGCGCUGCAACUGUCGCGUAUAAGCCUCCAUCAUCAUGCAAGCAAAGGGCGCAUGCCGCCAUCCAAUGCGUUCGUCGCGGGCACGGACGGCCGCGCAUGGCCGCCAUCCGAAUCGCACACGAAUCACUUCCAUCUGCAGGACCUGCCCACCAACAUGCAGCCAUUCGCGGCCAUGUCGAGCGUGGCCUCGCAUGUGGCGCGGACGUUUGGAUUCCAGCCAGCGAAUGUGAAGAACCAGACCGAGCACCUCUUGGUGUUACUGGCCAACCAAUCCCGCGGCGGCCACAACCCGUUCGUGGCUCUCCAUGCGACGAUGUUUGAAAACUACCACCACUGGUGCCGCAAGCUCCAGAUCACGCCCAUGACAUCGUCUGCCGUGUCGUCGUCGCUCGAAAGCCUCGCGGCCGACUUGUGUCUGCUCUUCUUUGUAUGGGGCGAAGCCAGCAACCUCCGCCACGCCCCCGAGUUUCUCAACUUCUUGUUCCACAAGAUGAAGCAAGAGUUUGGACGACCACUAUCCCGCGACCCUGGCUUCUUUCUCGACGCUGUCAUUACCCCCGUGUACGCGCUACUAAAAGUGGAAAUGCACAAGGCACUAGAUCACGAAGGGCGCCGCAACUAUGACGACUUUAACGAGUUCUUCUGGACGCGAGCAUGCCUGCAGUACGAGUACAAGAGCCCAGAGUUUGACAGUGUCGACAAUCAUCACUCGUCGGACGCGGCGGCAUCGGUAUCGCCGCCGUGCAUUGCGCAAGCAUGGGCCGCAACCUCCAAAACGUACUUUGAGAAGCGCCAUUGGAUCACGCCGCUUCGGGCGUUUCGCCGCGUGUUUGAGUUUCACCUAGUGACAUUUCACUUGCUUGUGACAGUGGCAUUUGCCGACCAGCUCGCGCUCGACAGUGUCACAGCCAUCCAUUUGGUCUCUAGCGUGUUGUUGACGCCGCUGGUGCUCAACAUUGUGUGGGCUGGCAUCGACCUCAUGCUCAUGUACUCACCCAACACGAUGCCAUUCCCGACCUUGAUCCGCAUGGUGAUUCGUGUCAUCUUCCACCUCGGUACAACCACCAUCUGCGCCCUUCUCUACUGGUACGCCCUCGCGAGCCCGCCGCAGCAAUCGGCAUUUUACUGGACCCAGUUUUACACCCUCACACUGCUUGUGCAUAUCCCGUUUGCAUUCAACAGCAUCCUCCAAGUCUGUCCUGGGCUCACGCGGUGGAUUCGCCAGACUACCAUCGCCCCAGUGCAAACCUUUCGCGAUCUUAUUAGCCCCAUCAAUCGGCUGUACGUCGGCGACAACGUGCUCGAUUCGGCCUGCGACAGCGUCGGGUACCAGCUCUUUUGGCUGUCACUUCUCACGUGGAAAAUGCUCUUCUCGUACAAGUUUGAGAUUGCCCCACUGGUCAAGCCCACAUUGUUGCUCUGGGCCGACCACGUUGAGAACCAAGUGGACAUUGUGCUCACUCUGGCCCUCGUGUACGUCCAGUGGUUUCCGUUUUUUAUGAUCUUUUGCAUCGACGUGACCAUCUGGAACGCGCUGUGGGUUGCGUUCACGGGUACAUUUGUGGGAUUUGGGCUUAAAAUUGGCGAAGUGCGCAAUUUUGAACGCACACGCCAAGCAUUUGUCUCGGCUGCGCUCCAGUUUAAUGCCAAACUCAUCGCAGCCACGUCUAAAACGGGCGUUGAACUGGCAGCGCACCAACAUGAUACAUCCGCCUCGGCCACGUACGGCGCCGCCACCACCACCCGGUCGAAAUCUAUGCAUGAAGUGCUCAAUGUCGUCGAAUCGCCUGUCCACACAACCAACAAGAAGCACGACAAGCAAGAGCUCACGCCCCUGCUCAGCUUUACCCGCCGCAUCCCGAGCCGCCGCGAAAAGCAGGAUGCGCGCCGCCGCGUAUGGACGUCCUUUGGCACGGCAUGGGAUACCGUGAUUGAUAGCUUGAGGGCAGACGAUUUGAUCAGCAACGCUGAGAUGGGACUGCUCAAGUUCCAGCGCAUCCCAUCGUACGAGCGGCAGCUGUUUGUGCCGCUGUUCCAGCUCGCCGGGUGCUUUGAGCAGUUUUGCCUCCAUUUGAACCAAAAUCAAGGCAAUGUCAACAGUAUGAUCGUUCACGACUUGCUCGGUGCCAACCCCAUGAUGGAAGAAAGUAUCGGCGAAGUGUGGGAACUCACAGUGUACAUAUUGACCAACCUCCUCGGGCCAUGUCAUUCCAACGACGUUCGAUUCAUUUGCGCCAUCUUGACAUCGUGGCUUGAGCGAGGCAUGUACCAUGGUAUCAAAUGGGAUAAACUGUCGGCGGCGGCAGACGCGUGGUCGGAUGUCCUCCAUCUGCUCAAGACCAACAUGCCAGCAUGGAAAGCCCAAGCCAAGCACGUACCCACACGCAAACAACCGAGCGAUUACACCCAGUACACGCAGCAACACCAGCAGCAACCAUCUCCCAACCCCAUCAAACCCAUGCACAAGUCGGCUUCCACCACUGGUCUCAACACGCUGUCGGCCACCAACGUACCGCGGCGGUCGCGGGGGUCGGGGGUCGCGCGCAUCGCGGCCAUGCAGCAGAUCCAGCCGCCGCCGCCGCUGCCGCACCUCAAAACGUCCAUCCCCGCCGUGCACAUCAUGCAAGUGCGAGAUAAACUGCGCACGUUUCUAAACGUGGUCAAGACGAUGCUGAGCGGCGGGUUGGAUGACCCGACCGAUGUCCUCGUGGGCGAAACCAAAGCCAUGAACGACCGACUUACGUGGAUGCUGACUCAAGAGCGCGGGUUCAUGUGGGAUGACGAGUACACGGGGGAACAGCUGACGUUGUUUGUGUUUGAUUUGUACGCGGGCACGGCGGUGCGGCACGUGCGCGGCCUCCUCACGCUGCAAAAGACGGACGCCGAGCCGCGGAGCUACGAUGCGCGGCGGCGGCUGCUCUUCUUUGUGAACUCGCUCUUUAUGGACAUGCCCGCGGCGCCGAUGCUCGAGGACAUGCAGAGCUAUUCCGUCAUGACGCCAUUUUACGCUGAAGACAUUAUGUACUCUAAAGCUGACUUGGAAUCCAAGCAAGAUGGGCUGGAUGUACACACUCUCUUGUACUUGCAAACGCUGUACCCGACCGACUGGCAAAACUUUCUCGAGCGAGUUCAGCCCAAGAAGAACAGCAACCUGUGGAAAGACCCAAAUACAGUGCAAGAGCUGCGGCUGUGGGCGUCGAUGCGCGGCCAAACGCUGGCGCGGACGGUGCAGGGGCUCAUGUACGGGGAAGCCGCGAUCCGCCUUCUCGCCGAGCUAGAAAACGUUCCGAGGCAUGGGAUUGAAGACUUGGUCAAGGCCAAGUUUACAUAUGUCGUGGCGUGCCAAGUGUAUGGUCGGCAGAAGCGAAACAACGACGCAAAGGCCAAAGAUAUUGAGUUUCUACUGCACCGAUUUCCCAAUCUCCGCGUGAGCUACAUUGACGAAGUGCGCGUGAACUACCAGAAAGAGCUCAGUUACUUUUCCGUGCUGAUCAAAGGCACGGAAACGCCGAGUGAAGUCGUCGAGUGCUAUCGGAUCCGCCUACCAGGUAACCCCAUUCUCGGCGAAGGCAAGCCGGAAAAUCAAAACUCGGCCGUGAUCUUUACCCGCGGCGAACACCUCCAGACGAUCGAUAUGAACCAAGACGGGUACCUCGAAGAAGCGCUCAAGAUGCGCAACCUCCUCGAAGAGUUCUCGGCUGGCAAUCGACCGUGUACGAUUGUGGGCUUGCCAGAACAUAUCUUUACAGGAAGCAUCAGUUCGCUGGCGAAUUACAUGGCGCUGCAGGAAACCUCCUUUGUGACACUGGGCCAGCGCACCCUCACGCGGCCGCUGCGCGUGCGCAUGCAUUACGGCCAUCCGGAUGUGUUCAACAAGCUCUUCUUUAUGACCCGCGGUGGCUUUAGCAAGGCGAGCAAAGGCAUCAACUUGAGCGAAGACAUCUUUGCCGGAUACAACAACUGUUUGCGAGGCGGGACGGUGGCGUUCCCAGAGUAUGUCAAGUGUGGCAAAGGGCGAGAUGUGGGCAUGCAGCAGAUUUACAAGUUUGAAGCCAAGCUGGCCCAAGGCGCAGCGGAGCAGUCGCUCAGUCGUGACGUGUACCGUCUAGCGCAUCGACUAGACUUUUUCAAGUUGCUGAGCUUCUACUACAACCACGUGGGGUUUUACUUGAGCAUGAGCUUUGUGAUCUGGACUGUGCACGUGUUGGUGUACAUCAACGUCUUACGUGCGUUGCUCGGGGUCGAAGGCACUGGCGGACGCGAAGCUGUGAUCUUAUCCGAGCUCCAAGUAAUGCUGGGCAGCGUAGCCUUCCUUACAACGGCGCCGAUGCUGGCGACGAUUUCCGUCGAGCGGGGGUUCAAAGCGGCCUUGUCCGAGGUGUUUAUGGUUGUCGUGACUGGCGGGCCCAUGUACUUUUUGUUUCACAUUGGCACGAAAUGGUUUUACUUUGGCCAGACGAUCCUCGCGGGCGGCGCCAAGUACCGCGCCACCGGGCGGGGCUUUGUGACCAAGCAUAGUCGAUUCGACGACUUGUUUCGGUUCUACGCGUCGAGCCAUUUGUACGCUGGCUUUGAAAUCGCCGCCGCCCUCGCCUUGUACUACGUGUACACGCAGACCACGCAGUACGUGGCGCUUACGUGGAGCUUGUGGCUGGUGGUAUUUUCGUGGACGUGCUCGCCGUUCUGGUUCAACCCGCUGGCAUUUGAAUGGUCAGACGUGCUUGAAGAUAUCAAGAUUUGGGUCCAAUGGAUGCGUGGCCAAGGCGGCAACGCCAACCAGUCGUGGCUAGCGUGGUUCAAAGAUGAAAACUCGUACUUUCUCAAGCUGCGUCCGUGGGCCAAAGCGUUUGUGUUUCUCAAGGGGUUUCUGCACUUUAUCACAGGGCUGGCCCUGCUCACGUCAGACGACGCGUACCACUCGAUCACAGCUGCGACAUCAUACACGCCGCUGCUCGUGAUGCUGGCGAUGGUCGUGGUCAACUUGGUGCUGUUUUUCCUGCUGUUUGCGCCCCGUCAUCACGGCGGCGGCGGCGGCGGCAAUGAGAGCGGCACCGUGCGGUUUCUCAAGCUCGUGUUUGUGCUCGGCAACACGGCGGCGCUCGUCGCGGGAUGGUCGCUCCUCCCCGGGAUGGUACCAUGUUCGGUGAGCUUUUACUUUUUCAGCGCCGCCGUGGCCACAUGGAUGCUGCUGUUCUUUGGCAGUGACAACAAGCUCGCGAUUCAACUCUUCUUUCUGCACGACUGCGUCCUCGGCGCACUCUGCCUCAGCGUGAUUGUCGUGCUCAGCGCCGUGGUCGUGCCUGGCAAAGUGCAGACGUGGCUCCUGUACAACAAUGCGCUCAGCCGCGGCGUGGUGAUUGAAGACAUCCUCAGAUCCAACUCGUCAGCUAACGACCCCGACGAUGACCUAACUUUGACCCAUAUGAAGAAGAUCAUCCUUGAGCAGCAGCGCGUGAUCGCCGCGCUGACCACCCCUGGCGGCGGCGGCGGCUCGGAUAGUGGUGACACGGCCGACAAGAUGGCAACUGCCAAGGACAACUUUAGCCGCGCCCAUGUGAGCGACUCGGACCUGUUGGACUUGAAGGACGCAUCGUUCAAGCUAACGCAGAUGCUCCAUGGUGACUACCACCAGCAGAACCACCAGCACCAGCAGCAGCCACCCAAGGACACGACGGUGCAAGUGCCGUUUCAGCGCGUCCGCCGCGCCAACUCGACCGACUUUCACGCAGCUAAAUUGGUCCCCCAACACCAGCAGCCACUCACUCAUCCCCCCAAGCAUUAGGAACACGGCAGGAUCAAACCCAACUUAUUGAUUGGGCCAUGUGAACGAUUCAUAUAAUAGUACAUGAUAUAGACUAACUACUUCAUAAUGUGUGAUAGAUGAUACACUACUUACUGUAA